AUGUCGUUGGCCGACGAAUUGUUAGCGGAUUUAGAAGAGGAUGUGGAACACUUUUCCACUGCCCAUGAACAGUACAUGGACGACAUCGAAGAUGUGGGCGACGUGGGCGGGGGCCAGUCAUACGAUCGAAUUACGGCGGUAGCCCGGCUGUUUCAGUCGGAGCAGUUCAAAGAAGUGAUGAAGUUCGUCGAAGACGGCAUAACCAAGCCGUGCGAGCAAAAGAUGUGCGGACCGGUGGAGUCGAAUCCGGAGUACCGAUUGAUCGUCGAGGCGAACAAUUUAGCCGUCGAGGUUGACAACGAAAUCGAUGUGAUCCACAAGUUCGUACGCGACAAAUACAGUAAGCGUUUUCCGGAACUCGAGUCACUGGUGCCUAUGCCGAUCGAGUAUAUCACAUGUGUCAAGGAGCUUGGCAAUGACAUUUUGGAAAAGGCGAAGAACAGCGAGCACAUGCAGAAGAUUUUGAUGCCAGCGACGGUGAUCGUCGUCAGCGUGACGGCAUCGACGACACAGGGCGAGCCUUUGACCUCCGAGGAGCUGAGCGUACUCAUGGAGGCGUGUGACAUGGCGUUGGACCUGAACGCAGCUAAGAUCAAGAUCUACGAGUUCGUCGAGACACGCAUGCACUUCAUCGCACCCAAUCUGUCAGCGAUUGUUGGCGCAGCGACCGCCGCCAAGCUAAUGGGCGUCGCCGGUGGUCUCACGCAGCUGAGCAAAAUGCCAGCAUGUAAUAUCCUGGUCCUCGGCUCCCAGAAGCGGGCGUUGACCGGUUUCAGUUCUACGGCCAUUCUGCCUCAUACCGGUUUCAUUUACUACACUCCAAUGGUGCAGGAACUGCCCAUCGACCUUAGGCGCAAGGCCACCAGACUCAUUGCUGCCAAGUGUACCCUGGCUGCCCGCGUGGACUCUGUCCACGCUUCGUCCGAUGCUGAAAUCGGUCGUAAGCUUCUCGAUGAAAUAGAGAUGAAGAUAGACAAAUGGCAAGAACCGCCACCACCCAAGCCAGUUAGAGCUCUUCCGAAGCCACUCGAUCAGGCAAGCAAGAAGCGAGGAGGUCGUAGAGUGAGAAAAAUGAAGGAACGCCUAGGACUGACUGAGCUACGUCGCAAAGCUAACAGGAUGAAUUUCGGAGAGCUAGAAGAAGACGUUCUUCAGGAUGAUUUGGGUUUCUCGUUGGGACAGAUGAAAACCGGUGGUCCUGGGGGCCGACUUAGGACUCCUCAGGUCGAUCAAAAAAGUCGAGUUCGACUAACGAAGGCGUUGCACAAAAAUCUUCAGAAGCAGUCUUACGGCGGCACCACCUCUAUCAAGAAAAAUAUUUCCGGCACAGUUUCUACCGUAACCUUUACCCCCGUCCAAGGGCUCGAAAUUGUUAAUCCACAGGCAGUCGAAUCUGACAGGAAAGUUGCCGAAGCAAAUGCCAAAUAUUUUGGUGCCGUGACGAAGUUCGUCAAAGUUCAUACACCUGUUCCGAAAAUCACCCCUGAUACUAAGACGAAAGAGGAAACAAUUCAAUAA